UCCUGAGCAGAAGCACGUGAUUAGGCGUGUUUACCUAUGGUACAAUGUAGCGUCUGUGAGAACGUCAACCUCAACCCAAUAAUCAAUUAUACGGUCACGUUUAGGAUCAGAAGAGGUUAUUGGAUUUUCAUCAGGCCCUUCGCUGACUAUUAACUGCUCGAUGCAUCUGAGAAAGAGGGAGUCGUGUGUGUAGACUGAGGUCGAGCGAGCCAGCCAGCCAAGCAGACAGACGAGGGGAAAGAGUGGGCUCUUCUGAGGGAUACUGGACCACCAGAUGAAUUCCUAAAUCUUUGCUGCUAGCCUCAUUAUGGGCCUUAUAGAGGAGACCGAUGUAGAGCAGGUGACCCUGGCUCUUCUGGAUGCUGCCAAUGACAGGGAUCCAGUGGUGCAGGAACAGGUCAGGAAGUCCAUCUUGACACUGGGGAACCAGCAGCCUGAUAAAGUCCUGUCCAUGUGCCAGGACUACCUGCUCAAACACCCCAAGCUGGUGGUCGGGCACAGAGUGUUGAUCUUGCAAACCAUUGAAUUGGUGGUGAAGAGCAGGAUUUAUGACAUCAGUUACCCCAAAAUCAAGAGUGUCAUACAGCUGGCAUCAGAUGAGAUGACUAAAUCAAAGGAGGUCGUCCCAGAAUGGCAGCAAGCAGCCAGUAAUAUUCUGGUUGCUGUGGGAAACAAAUAUAUUAAUGACAUCAUGGAGGAGAUACUCGGCAAGUUCCAGCCUGGAGUUUUGCCUCACUUUUUUGUGGUCCAAACACUAGCCAGUCUCUCGGACUCAAAUGUAUAUGGUAUGGUGCCUUUUCUCAAUGCUAUAAUGGGGACCAUGCUGCCCAUGCUGGGCAUGACCAAACAGGACAACAUGAAAUGGGUCUUCUCUUCUGCUCUCUGCCGCUUCAGCGAGAGCAUUCUAGAAUACCUGGCCAACCUGGACAAGGCUCCGGACCCCACUGUACGUAAAGACACCUUCUCUAGUGAGAUAUACUCAGCCUACGACGUCCUGUUUAACAGCUGGAUCCAGAGCAGAGAGUCCAAGUUGCGUCUGACUGUUGCAGAGGCUCUUGGCUCAAUGAGUCACCUGAUGGCACAUGAUAAACUGGAAGAACAGCUUCCCAAACUACUCCUAACUAUACUGGGCCUCUAUAAGAAGAAUUCAGAACACUACAUCAUCACCAAAAGCUUAUGUCAGGUCCUGGAGGCCUCUGUGAAUAUGGGCAGCAGAGUGCUGGAGACACAGACUGAUGGUCUUUUACUCGCUCUGCACCAGCAGGUAUGCUCACCUGUGGACUUCAGCAACCCUCCAACUGUGAAAAAUCACAACGAGGUCCUGCGGUGCUUCACUAUCCUUGCCAACACGUUCCCGGACCGUCUGAUGGUGUUUGUCCUCCAGAGGUUGGAGAACAGCAACGAAAGGAACAGAAUGGGCUCGCUGGCUGUUCUCAGACACCUCAUCAACUCAUCCACCUCUAUUAUGGAAACCAAGAAGCUCCUGAUUCUAGCCAGCAUCAGGCAACCUCUGGCUGACCACAGCAAUAAGGUGAAGAAGAGAGUGGUGCAGGUGAUCAGUGCUAUGGCUCAUCAUGGUUACCUGGAGAUAGAGGGAGGAGACCUGCUUGUCCGUUUCAUCAUCCAGCACUGUGCUCUACCAGACACUUACCAUCGAGGACAGCGACCUCCAGACCCAGAGGAAGUGACCAACGAGGCUCUGCGUAGCAUGUGUGAUAACACAUUGCAUCUUUUCACUACCACAGUGGGUCGCCUGACAGAUGUUCUGUGGCCUAUGUUGCUUUGCUACCUGACCCCAAAUCAGUACGCCAGCGCCACUACCCCCUUGUGCAAGAGUUUAAUUCUGCUGGCCAAUAAGAAACGAGCAGCCCAAGAAGCCAGCUUCAUCAUCGACUUCAAUGCACAAGGCUCUAGUCUUCCCUCACAAUAUAUCCUGAUGAUAAGGCUCUUGGUGAAUGCAGCGUUCCCGUUUCGAUGCAGGGAGCACGGUGCUCCCUCCCUGAGUCUGCUCAAUGCUCUCAGCCCUAACAUUCACCCUAAAGCCGAGCCUCUUUGGGAAAAUGAGAUUCCAAAGCUGCUCAGUCAUCUUGAAGAAUCAACAGAUGAUUCUCUGGAUCAAAAGAAGUGGGAAGAAAGUUUACUUCAGCUCCUGUCUAAAACCCUGGCAGCUAUUGACGACAGCCAGUGGACAGGUCAGCUUGCAGUAGAAGCCACACGAUAUCUUCCAACCUACAACAGUGCUCUGGAGGAGAAGAGUUUUUUGUAUAGGUGUAUCGGCGUGAUUCUCCAGCAGUGCUGUAAUAAAGAGCUGGUCAGAAAACAGCUGCAGGAGAUCCUGAUCAGCACUCGACACAAUGAUGCAACCGAAAGAACGGGUGUUGCCAUGGGAAUCGGGCUGUGUGCCAGCAGUCAUCUUGAUGGCACUCUGGAAAAACUGGAGGAGUUUGGGAAGUCUGACGCCUUCAGGAAAGCCUCCGGGAUAUUUGGUCUUCUCAAAGAUAAGAACGAUGUUGAUGUGGAAAAAAUGAAGAGCACUCUCAUUUUGUGUUAUGGAUAUGUCGCGUUGCACGCUCCAGAAGAACAGCUCCUCACUCGCAUAGACAGUGACAUACUUCAAAACAUCUCCAAGAACUUCAACACCAAGGUCCUGGGAUUUAAAGUAGAGACCAAGGACCUGACUAUGAAGCUCAGUCUUAUUCAUAGUGUCGGACUCAUUGCCAAGGCCAUCAGCCGAAGUGUUCGUAAACAGGGCUUCCUGUUCUCCCGCAAACAAGAGCUAAUGGGUGUUAUGAUGGAUUUCAUAAAAGCAGAACCAACGGAUGUCAUGCGGACUCCUGUUCGCCAUCUUGUUUUGACCACAUGUGCCAACCUUAUAAACUUAGAUCCUCCUUUAACGGAAAAUGAAAACUUUGACUUGUUAAAAACGUGUCUUAAUGGAGUUUAUGGGCUUCCUACUGUGGACACUCCUGACAAGGCUAAAGAUGAAGAAGUGCUGGAUCCACAGCAAAGAGAGAUCUUAUAUUCAGACACUUUUAAUGCUCUUCAUGAAUUGUUGAGGAAUGUGUUAGCCAGAGACUUGAGUCCUGAUGGUCUGCAGUCUGUGUUCAAGCAUAUAGAGAGCUGGCUGAGCUCAGGACAAGACCAUGAGCGGGAGAGAGCAGUAAAGACCACAGCAGAGCUCCUGCAGUUCUACUUGGACAACCUCAGUGUGAAGAAUAUAGUGUCAUUCCAUAAUUUGGGAGCUCUUGUGGGGCGUCUUGGCCCACGGUGCACAGACCCAAACCCUGAGGUGCGACGGGCAGCCAUAGACUGCAUCUAUAGACUAAUGUACAUACAGCUGCGCUAUGAAGGCUUUUCACUGGACUACAAGGAUGAUUCAGUUGAGGCCCUGUUAGAUGUUCGCGAGAAGCUAAGCAAUCCUGACCAUUCAGUUUUGUAUAAAACAUGCUCUGAGCUGACUAAGAUCAUCAGUAAGCGUUUGCCCCAGCAGCAGUUGAGCACGCUGUUGUUUAUGCUGUUUGAUGGUUUGGUGGACUCCCAGUCCAACUGUUCCAGAGCAUCCAGCGUGAUCCUCAACACCUUGCUGAAGAACAGAGGUGCUGGCCUGCAGGAUCUGGUGCCAGAGAUGCUGGAGGUGUUGCACAACCGGCUGCAGGUGAUUGGUGAAGAGCAGGUGAAGGUGGCCAUCGGUCAGUCCGUCCUCAUCCUCGCUACACAGCAUCUACAGACAGUGGUCAACACGCUCGUUGCCUACCCACUACCAUAUGACAGCUGGAGCUGUGAGAUGUGGAUGGCUCUAGGAGCAGACAGCACUCUGGCCCUGCAAAUCAUGGAGAUGAUUAUCGAGAAGCUGACUGUUAUGGUUCCCUAUGUAGAUAAGAAAGAGUCUAUGUUAAGACCCGGUUUGACCAAAGUUGCCACAAGUCAGCCACUGGCUAUGACCUGUGCCCUGCGUGAGAUGAUGCUGAAUGGCCAGUCAGCUGACGCCGUGGCGUACGCGUUUCCAAAGCUCUUCAGCUCUCUGCUGGUGCGUUUGGGCUCCAGCGUGGGAGUUCAGCUACCUAAAGAUCUCAACAGCAACAGCAUCAUUUCAGACCGCAAAACAACCAACAAAAUGAAUGUGGCCAAUUUUGAUGUUUGCGGGGUGGCAGUGGAGGCCCUGCGGAUCCUGCUGGGUCGAGCUCAGCUGGAUGCUGUCGUGAAACCGUUAGAUCAGGAGGGAGCUUGGGACAAGAUGAAGGACCCACAGCAGCACACAACAGGAGUCACUCUGCUAGCCAGAGCAAUGGCAAAGCAUGCUGGUCCAAGACUGCCUGCAAUUGUGGAAAAUCUGUGUCCUUCUCUCUGUAAUAUUUAUGAGUGUCAGAGGAUCACAGUCACAGCGUUCUUCUCUGAGCUGCUGAACCACCACGUAGUGACUGAACUGAUGAUUUUGGACAUGUUGAUGAACAACAUGAUGGAAAGAAUUACUGACACCUGUGGUACGGUUCGCAUGCUGGCGGUCCGAGGCCUGGGGAACAUUGCUGUGGGUUCACCUGAAAAGGUGAAUAAAUAUGCAAAGGAGCUUUUAGCAGCCAUGAGUUCGGGUAUGGAAGAAAAGGACGAUCCAGGGAAACUCAUCACACUGGAGGCCAUGUCUGGAAUGUCCAAGAUUUUGCUUUACCUGGACCAAAAGAACGUCCAACUGCUUGUGGUUUACAUCUUCAUGAAGAUUAAACCAUUUCUGGAGAAUGAGAACGAUGAGAUCCGUUGUGCUUCCAUCAUGCUCCUGGGGAACCUGUCGAAGUUCGGCUCGGGUGAGCCAGUCUUUAAAGAUCAGAUCCACAAUGUUCUGGUCAGCUUGCUGUUGCAUCUCAGUGAUCCCAACCCUCAAGUGGUCAAGGCAUGCAAGUAUGCCAUGCGCAUAUGUGCUCCAGUCGUAGGUUCAGAACAGAUCUCUGCCAUGUUCCAGAAACAUCUUCUUGAGGAGAAGGGACUGCAUUAUGGAGAGUUCAUUAAUGACCUCACCAAAUACCUAAUCCAGGAUUUUCCAGGCAUGCUGAACUUCUACCACAUCACAGUCAUUCAGUUCUUCAAGAGUAACUGGGCUGAGAUCAGAGCCAGUGCUGCCAUGUUUAUUGGAUUUCUGCUGGGGAACCUUCCUGAUGAGCAUUUCUCCCAUAUGAACAUGGGGUCAGUGACCAAAGGUCUGGUGAUGCUGCUGCAGGAUCCAGAUCCUCUCGUGCGGGUGAAAGCCGCUGAAGCCAUGGGUCAUUUUCACUGACGUUACCUCCGCUCUAUAGCCAAUCAGAUUAGUCUUUGAUUUUUGUUGCUUUGAAUAAGGAGGAAGCUUUGAAUUGUUGUGUUAGAACAAGCCUUGAAAGGCUUUUAUUAUUGACCAAAGACUGUGCACUUAUUCUGUAAGAAAUGAGAAGAAUAAAAUGGAGAAGACAUUUAUUGACGUUACAGCACUUAAGUUUCACCUGUGGCACUUUUUAAUGUGAGGUAUGCACCUGUAAACCCUUUACAAAUCUGACUUACUAAAAUUGUACACAAGUAGACUGAUAUUUGCUAAUAUUACUUGCUUGACCAUUCAUGUAGCGUGCUAAAUGCAUAUCACUACUUGAAAUCAUUCAGUCAUUAAAAAAUUAUUUAGAUUUAUUUUUUUUUGGUAAUAAAAUCAGAUGUAGUGCUUAGUUUAAAUCCCAUAAUUGAUCAUACAGUAUUGACCACCAUAAACCUUCAGCAAUAAAUCACCCUAAUAAGGAUGUGCAUUGGCAUUAACUGCAACUGAAAUCUCCUGUUCUGAAAUCACAAUCAAAAAUGAUAUUUAAAUAAGCAUUUGUAGUGUUUUUGCUGUGAAGUCCGUGGCUCUGAAUGUAUCUCAUGCACUAGUAGAGCAAACACAAUUGUGCUUCCUUCUCGACCACGUCAUAAAAGUAGACAAAAGCUGUGCCAAAACAUAGAUUUUUAAAGAAUAAAAUGUAGUAGAGUAGAUGUUAAAAGAUUUCUGACGAGGUUCAUACUCAUUUUGUGAAGUGUCUGUGUAGCUGAAACACCAGUGCUGGCCCUGUCUAUGGCACUUGUCUUGUUCCGUUUUGUAAAUUGUAUGUUAAUUCACAAGUGUGGCCACUGUUUCAGAGUUUGAGCAUGAAGAUUGUUGAGAUUUAGUCAAUUAAAGACUUUUUUUUUUCUUUUUUAAUCAUCUUAAUAAACAGGACAAAAGUGAUGAUGGUUUGGUAAAUCAGCUGCUUUUUAUAAAUGCGGUAGCUACUGUACUGUGUCCUGUACAGUAGAAGUGGUUAAACAUACUAUAUAGGAAUAAAUCACAAUCAUGAAUUCUGAUUCUCUAUGAGAUAUUAUGUAAACACAUAGUCAUCAAUUAAAACAGUUCAUGGAGUGGGUCUAUUUCAGUGUAAAGGACCUAAUAAUGUCUUCAUUCUUCCAGCUUAUUAAUAUUUAAUGACUCUUGGCAUUAAAGAAUUAAGCAACAAAACCUUUGUAAACUGCAUUGGUGUGACUUUUAGUGAGAAAUAGUAAAAUAUUAAAUCUUUGUCUUAGAAUAUACACUACUGUUCAAAGGUUUGGGGUCAUCAAGUAUCAGCUUUAUUUAUUUAAAAAAAAAUAAUGAACACUUAUUCAACAGGGAUGCAUUCAAUCUAUCAAAAGUGAAAAAUAUGUUUAUAAUGUUACUUAUAGAUUUGUAUUUCAAAUCAUUGUUGUUAUUUUGAACUAACGUUUCAUAAAAAAUCCUUAUCCAUAUUAUAUAUAUAUAUAUAUAUAUAUAUAUAUAUAUAUAUAUAUAUAUAUAUAUAUAUAUAUAUAUAUAUAUAUAUAUAUAUAUAUAUAUAAUGGUUUCCACAAAAAUAGUAAGCAGCACAACUGCUUUCAACAUUGACAAUGAAGACUAAUGAAAAUAAUUUCAUUGCAAUAGAAAAUAGUAUUUUUAAAAAUAUUUCACAGUAUUGCUCCUUUUGCUGUGUUUUUUAUCAAAUAAAUGCAGCAUCACUUAUCUUAUCAAAAACAUUAACAAAUCUUAUUGACCCCAAAAUUUUGAAUGUUAUAUGCAGUUUAUAAAUUUAAUUGCAGAAAAUAGAUUUUCUUCAAAACAGUGGAUACUGUAUGGCGUUAUGUAGAAGAACGGAAGCUCUGGGUGCAGAGAGUGGAAGAAUAUUAACAAGUCCUUUGUUGCUCAGAGUGUUGAAUAUGCAUUAAGUCAAUCAAAGUAAAGUGUUUACUAAGGACGCAGACCAUUACUCUAAAAACUUUAGAAUUAAGCAAUUAGUGGCAGUUAUUCCAUUCGGUCAGGAACCCAGUGUGGUAAUGAUAUUGGGAUACAUUCCUGGAUAAGUCACAGAAAUAUUGUGUUUGUGUCUGGGAUGGAUUUCAGAGCAAUCAAACGGCCACUGCAGGUUUUCUGCUGGGCGAUCAUAGUAUUGGGCGCUGUGUCAUGUUUGCAUGUUUUAUGUCUUUUGUUUCCUUUUUAGACAUUUUUAUUUUUUUGUAUCAUGUAAAAGAGCUGAUCUUUGGAUGAUGGAAAUGAGAAUAUGUACUAAUGAGUCAUUAAAGUUAUCACAGGGA